GUUAACUCUCGACGUUCGAAAUUUCAACAUUUUUAACACGUUCCAAGAUUCAUAUUUGAAGAAAUUAGUGACAAUCGAGAAAACGUGUGAAACAUGACAUUCAACGACGUAUUGUGGUCUGCGUCUGCCUGGUCAUCGUUGAAAGAGAAAUGUGGCCAUCUUUCCAAAUUAGAAAUGUCUAAAGAGAUUCUAACAUUUGGUGAAAAUCAAAAUGAUCAAAAUGAAACUGGGAAGAAAGGUGUCAUGAAAUUCAAUGACGACAAAAUACUAGGUCCUGAUGAACGGGAAAAAAUUCAUAAAUAUAUGAAUGGGCGGAAAGCGACUCAAUCCUUUUUUGCUCAUGAAAGUGCUUCUAAGCCAUUGUCAUUAAAUCCUGCGUUUUCGAAGGAAGUUGAUCAUGGUCGUAAUGUCACUAAUGUGUCUUCCAAUGGUGCCGAUAUUUGUUCUUCUUCUACUAAAUCUUUUUAUUUCCGAAUGUGCUCUCAUCGUUUCAAUCAUGAAAGAAAUAGCUGAAGGAUUGCUUGUUUCGGUGGAUUUAGUUGAGAAAUUUGUGAAAAAUCCAAAUGACAAAUCAGCGAAAGACAUUUCAACCUUGUUUGCCAAAAUUUCAGACGAGAAUGUCGAUGUCAAUACCGAAAUUAGAAACUCGUCCAACAGAAAAUCUUCACAAAACAGAAAAUUUGAAAAAGACGAUGACGUCACUGGUUUGCUUACAAGCGGCAGUGAAGCUAAUGAAACGCUCGAAGCACGUUUAGAUCGUCUUAAUUCUGAAAACAAUCGUUUGAAUCAUAAAAUUUCAGAGUUAGAAGAACGACAUAACGCUAUUAUGAUCGAACUUUUUCUUGCAACCGAAAAAGUUAAAGAGUGUCAGCAUGUUUUCAUUGAUAAUCCUGGUAUUAUAAAUGAUGGGAAGUGGCUUGGCUACCCAAAUUAUAAGAACUGUAAAUAUGCAACUAACUGCAGCAAUGAAGACUUAAAAGACGUUCCUAAAGUUGUAAUUUCGACAAAUGAUAUGAAUGAAUAUUUUCAUGAAAAUCAAAAACUGAACUACAAUAAAAAAAAAUCUGAGGAAAAACGUCCUGAAGAAGUAAAAAGCCUUGUAAUAAGUGAUAAAAGAAAAAGAAAUGUUGAAAUGAAACCUGAAGGAAACAUUGAAAAUGACACAAUGAAUGAUGAAGGAAUGAAAAAUAAUGAAGAUCGUCAAGAAAGAAAUGAUAAUGAAGAAAUGAUGACAUCUUCAGACAUGUCACAAUUUAAUGAAGAAGAUGCAUUACCUUUCUCAGUUCAACAAGAUGAGAGCAAUAAUUAUGAAAAUAUAUCAUUAAAAAGUGCGCCACCAAUCUCAGUUGCUUCUUCUUUAUUUGUUAAUUACAAAAUGAUGUUGCUCACAAUCCCUGAAAGAUUAUUGUCUUCUGAUGUGACAGCAAUGAAAGAAUGGGCACGUCGACAAUUCUCAAUUGAGCAUGCUCAAGAUGCAACAGAAAUCUUACGUGAACUUGAUCGUCGUUUGAUCAUUAGUGCUUCAAAUUUAAGUGUUCUUCACUCGUUUUUUGAAUCCAUCAUCAGAUUUGACCUCAUCUACAUUAUUGACGGCUAUCUGACCGGAGAUUACAGUGUUUUCAAAAACGCUCAGCAAAUGAAAACCUCGACGAGAAAAUCAUGGAACAAGAUCAAGUUAUAA